GAAUGGAGCUCUAUGAAUGUAAAGAAGAUGAAGGAAUAUGUUCGUAUUCUCUUGGGAUGCAAAACAAAAGGAUUAAUGACAGUCAGAUUACAGCCUCUUCACAAUACGGGCAGAAAAAUCGACCAUCAAACGGAAGGCUGAAUGAUAAAGAUGGAUGGGUGUCUGAAUAUAACGACCAAAACCCAUGGCUUCAGAUUGAUUUACAUCAAAUAAUAAAGAUCAACGGCAUUGCCACACAGGGACAUGCAAACUGGAUUCAGUAUUGGGUGAAAGAAUACCGUCUUCAAUACAGAAAUGACACUAUCAAAGCUUUCCAUAAUUACACCGUCCAUGGUGAGCCUAAAACAUUUCAAGGGAAUACUGACCACAACAACAUCGUGUUAAAUGCCCUCAAUCCUCCUAUUAUUGCUCAAAUAGUUCGUAUUSUACCAACUGCAUUGAACAAUAGAUACAUCGCCCUGAGGGUUGAGCUGUACGGAUGCCCAUAUAAGGGUUCCUACCAUAACGUUUAAACUAAUCUAGCAAGCAAUUAGCGUCGAAUCAAUUCAUAUUAGACGCUUAGAAGCUUUCGGAUUUUAUUUAGCUUGAUUCGGCUUGAUUGAUAAAACUAUCUGCACUACAAUUGUGUCUAUUUGACAAUUAAAACACGAAGCCGUACUUGGCCAAAUGGAGUCAGUAUCAACUCGUAGUUCACGAGUCCGAGUGGUCUGUUUUUGUACCCACUAAAAUAUAGUGYAAAUUUGAAAAAAUACAACAGCGAACACUUUUCUCGGCAUUUUUUCUACUAGUUUUGCUCCAUUCGCUGGACCAUGGUCUAUCAUG